AUUCCGUUAUCCCGAUCACCCAUUGCGGCUCCAUUUGCUGGCGAUCUUCGUGAAUCCCGUCCAGACUAUUUCGCGACUGAAUCGAAUCGAUCGUCAACUCCUGAAUGUCCUCCCGCGCUCUCCGCAAGCUGCAGAAGCAGCGCGAACAAGAUCUGCAGUUGGCAUCACUGCAGGCUGAACAGGAAAAUGACGACUCCAGCGAGGAGGAGCCGAUGUCCCGGCCGUCAAAGCCGAAGUUGAAUGCUUUUGAUCUUCUCAACUCAGUUGAUGAUGAAGACGACGAAGACGAGCCGGAAUCUGAAAAUGAGGCCGAGGCUGAGAUAGAGGCACCAGAGCCGGUGACUCAACCGAAGGAGGAGAAUCCUGCUCCGGCAAAGCCAGCGGGCUCUGGAAAGAAAAAGAAGAAGAACAAGAAAAACAAGGCGGCCGCCAAAGCGGAGGCUACACAUGCUACACCGAAGACCAAGACCAAAAAGCUGGAUGAAAUCGACCAAGCGCUGAAAGAUUUGGCCGUCGACCCUAAACACGCCGGUGCCGCCGUUGCAGGAAAUGACCGUGAUGCCUCGUUCCCGAAAACCCCAGAAGCACUUCUCGCCAUUGAUCCUAGGUCCCUGAAUGCGACGAACGAAAUGCGCAAGUUGUUUGGGAAUGUGGUGCUGGAGAACUUCGACCAAGACACUGGAUCAGGCCGCCGGAGAGGGACCCAAGAGACGCUGGAUCUAGGGCAGGCUUUGGCAGGACGGUACAGUCCUGCCAGUCGGGGCCAGAGCCUGGCGGGUGCGACACAACGGCGGAAUGCCCUCAUGCAGGGCAAAGAUGAAUGGCCCCGGUCUCCCAGUGGCGGUCUUGGGAUGGAGCUCACCGAGAAACUCCCGGACGGCUCUACUCUCUACAAGAUUCUCCACAACACUGCGUAUACGGACAUACAAAGGCAGUUCGACAUGUGCGUGGAGUCGAUGGACCCCCAAAGAAUGAUUCAUCUCCUGCAAUACAAUCCCUACCAUAUCUCCACCCUUCUCCAGGUAUCAGAAAUUGCGAAGCACCAAGGUGAUCACGCAGUUUCCGCCGACCUACUCGAGCGCGCACUGUUCAACAUCGGGCGUUCGGCCCAUUCAUCAUUCGGCAACCUCCUGAAGCAGGGCCAGGCGAAGCUUGACUUUGUGCACAUGGAAAACCGGGAGCUGUGGCUGGUUGGCUGGCGGUAUAUUGCCAACCUGGGGAUGAAGGGUACUUGGCGGACAGCGUAUGAGUGGGCGAAGCUCCUGCUGAGCCUCAACGAGACCGACCCCUACUGUAUCCGGCUCCUGAUCGAUCACCUGGCGCUCCGAGGCCGAGAGUAUGCCCACUUUGUGGAUCUGUGCACACAGACGCGGUUGAGCAAGGAAUGGGAUACCCUACCCAACAUCCAAUGCUCGCUCGCGCUAGCGUAUCUCCGACUGAACAAGCCCAAGGAAUGUCGCGAGCAGCUCCGUCAAGCCAUGUCGCGCUAUCCGUGGGUGUUUUGCAUGUUGGCGCAAGAGCUCGACCUCCAGCCGAUGCCGAAAAAGAUCUGGGGCAAGAUGCCCCCCACGAAUGCUCACGAACUCUUGACCGAGCUUUACAUUACCCGCGCCAAGGACCUCUGGAACACCCCCGAAGCGGUUUCUCUGAUCGUAGAAGUGGCCGACACGCUUCCCGACGAAGAAGAGCCCAUCGAACCCCCGGAGAUCACGCUAGACAUUGCGCGCCACGUAGUGUUAUCCGAUGUCCCCCGGGUCACAACGCACCUUCCGGGACGCUUCGUCGCUGGGCGUAUCUCCUCAUCCGAUCCUCUUCCUCCGUACGAGUCGGAGGCUUAUCGCCAGCAGUCCGACCCCACUCCUUCUUACUUGUCGCAUGUGCCUGACGUCGGGCGGCCGCAAUGGCUACGGGACCUUCUGGAUCAGCUGAACAACGGGGCCAUUCACUUCCCUCGGUUCCAGCGUGAUGGGGAAGAGGGGCAAGGAGACGACGCCCCCGCGGAGGCUGAGGCCGAGGGAAGCCGUGCCCCGGCCCAUCCAAGCGGUGACCAGCAAGCACUGCUCGAGCAAUGGCUGUUAAACGACGGGAUGCACACACUGGAUGCAUUCCUCCAGCAGUACGGGGUGGACCGCGGGAACUGGGGCGAUGUUCUCGACUAUUCCCCGUUGACGGAGUAUGUGGAAGCCUUGGAAUCUAUCCAGCUGGAGUCAGAGCGCAACCGGUUGCUGCAGGGGCCGAUCCGGGAGGCGAUGGGCGACAUGGCGGUCGCCAUGCUGGACGAUGAGCUCCAGCUACUGCAGUAUGACGACGAUGAUGCUUGAUACCCUGGAUUUAUCUGCAUGGUGGAUGGUGUGACCUAGCGUGGAUUUAGGAAAAGUCUCUGCUGUGGGCAGGUUUGUUAUCCUGUAGAUAGAUUUAUAGAUGGCUGUUGCUACGAUCGUAGUGACAGGAAAAUGAAUGCGAUUCAUGAC